AUGGUCCACGCCCCCGAGCCCACCCAUUGGCCCGCGGGCCAACCCCGCCCCAGCUCAUUGGCCAAGCCCCCGAGCCCGCCCAUUGGCCCGCGGACCUUACCCGCCCCAGCUCAUUGGUCCGCACCCCCGAGCCCGCCCAUUGGCCAGCGGGCCGACCCCGCCCCAGCACAUUGGUCCACGCCCCCGAGCCCGCCCAUUGGCCCGCGGACCCGCCCCGCCCCAGCUCAUUGGUCCGCGCCCCUGAGCCCGCCCAUUGGCCCGCGGGCCAACCCCGCCCCAGCUCAUUGGUCCACGCCCCUGAGCCCGCCCAUUGGCCCGCGGGCCAACCCCGUCCCAGCUCAUUGGUCCACGCCCCCGAGCCCGCCCAUUGGCCCGCGGGCCGCCCCGCCCCAGCUCAUUGGUCCGCACCCCCGAGCCCUCCCAUUGGCCCGCGGGCCGACUCCGCCCCAGCUCAUUGGUCCACGCCCCCGAGCUCACCCAUUGACCAGUGGGCCGCCCCCGCCCAAGCUCAUUGGUCCACAACCCCUAGCCCGGCCAUUGGCCCGCGGAACGCCCCAGCCCCAGCUCAUUGGUCCACACCCCCCGAGCCCGCCCAUUGGCCCUUGGGCCGACUCCGCCCCAGCUCAUUGGUCCACGCCCUCGAGCCCGCCCUUUGGCCCUCGGACCCGCCCCGCCCCAGCUCAUUGGUCCACACCCCCGAGCCCACCCAUUGGCCCGCGCCCCCGAGCGCUCCCAUUGGCCCGCGGACCGCCCCGCCCCAGCUCAUUGGCCCACACCCCCGAGCCCGCCCAUUGGCCCUUGGGCCGACUCCGCCCCAGCUCAUUGGUCCACGCCCUCGAGCCCGCCCUUUGGCCCUCGGACCCGCCCCGCCCCAGCUCAUUGGUCCACACCCCCGAGCCCACCCAUUGGCCCGCGCCCCCGAGCGCUCCCAUUGGCCCGCGGACCGCCCCGCCCCAGCUCAUUGCGGGGCGACCCCGCCCUAGCUCAUUGGACUACGCCCCCGAGCCCGCCCAUUGGCCCGCGGAACGCCCCACCUCAGCUCAUUGGCCCACGCCCCCGAGCCCGCCCAUUGGCCCGCGGACCCGCCCCGCCCCAGCUCAUUGGUCCACGCCCCCGGGUCCGCCCAUUGGCCCGCGGGCCGACCCCGCCCCAGCUCAUUGGUCCACGCCCCUGAGCCCGCCCAUUGGCCCGCGGACCCGCCCCGCCCCAGCUCAUUGGUCCACACUCCCGAGCCCACCCAUGGGCCCGCGCCCCCGAGCCCUCCCAUUGGCCCGCGGAACGCCCCGCCCCAGCUCAUUGGUCCGCACGCCCGAGCCCGCCCAUUGGCCCGCGGGCCGACCCCGCCCCAGCUCAUUGGUCCACGCCCCCGAGCCCGCCCAUUGGCCCGUGGAACGCCCCGCCCCAGCUCAUUGGUCCACACCCCCGAGCCCACUCAUUGGCCCGCGCCCCCGAGCCCUCCCUUUGGCCCGCGGACCGCCCCGCCCCAGCUCAUUGGUCCGGACCCCCGAGCCCGCCCAUUGGCCCGCGGGCCGACCCCGCCCCAGCUCAUUGGUCCACGCUUCCGAGCCCGCCCAUUGGCCCGCGGACCCGCCCCGCCCCAGCUCAUUGGUCCGCACCCCCGAGCCCGCUCAUUGGUCCGCGGGGCGACCCCGCCCCAGCUCAUUGGUCCACGCCCCCAAGCCUGCCCAUUGGCCCGCGGGCUGCUCCAGCCCCAGUUCAUUGGUCCACGCUCUCGAGCCCGCCCAUUGGCCCGCGGACCCGCCCCGCCCCAGCUCAUUGGCCCACGCCCCCGAGCCCGCCCAUUGGCCCGCGGACCCGAGCCCUGCCAUUGGCCCGCGGGCCGACCCCGCCCCAGCUCAUUGGUCCGCACCUCCGAGCCCGCCCAUUGGCCCGCGGGCCAACCCCGUCCCAGCUCAUUGGCCCACGCCCCCGAGCCCGCCCAUUGGCCCGCGGGCCGACCCCGCCCCAGCUCAUUGGUCCGCGCCCCCGAGCCCGCCCAUUGGCCCGCGGGCCGACUCCGCCCCAGCUCAUUGGUCCACGCCCCCGAGCCCGCCAAAUGGCCCGCGGGCCAACCCCGCCCCAGCUCAUUGGUCCACGCCCCUGAGCCCUCCCAUUGGCCCGCGUCCCCGAGCCCUCCCAUUGGCCCGCGGACCGCCCCGCCCCAGCUCAUUGGUCCGCACCCCCGACCCCUCCCAUUGGCCAGCGGGCCGACUCCACCCCGGCUCAUUGGUCCCCGCCCCCGAGCUCACCCAUUGGCCAGUGGGCCCCCCCGCCCCACCUCAUUGGUCCAGGCCCCCGAGCCCACCCAUUGGCCCGCGGAACGCCACGCCCUGGCUCAUUGGUCCACACCCCCGAGCCCGCCCAUUAGCCCUUGGGCCGACUCCGCCCCAGCUCAUUGGUCCACGCCCUCGAGCCCGCCCUUUGGCCCUCGGACCCGCCCCACCCCAGCUCAUUGGUCCACACCCCAGAGCCCGCCCAUUGGCCCGCGGACCCGCCCCAGCUCAUUGCUCCACACCCCCGAGCCCACCCAUUGGCCCGCGCCCCCCCCAUUUUCCCGCGGACCGCCCCGCCCCAGCUCAUUGGUCCCCGCUCCCGAGCCCGCUCAUUGGCCAGCGGGGCGACCCCGCCCCAGCUCAUUGGUCUAUGCCGCCGAGCCUGCCCAUUGGCCCGCGGAGCGCCCCACCCCAGCUCAUUGGUCCACGCCCCCGAGCCCGCCCAUUGGCCCGCGGAACGCCCCGCCCCAGCUCAUUGGUCCGCACCCCCGAGCCCGCCCAUUGGCCCGCGGAACGCCCCGCCCCAGCUCAUUGGUCCCCGCUCCCGAGCCCGCCCAUUGGCCCGCGGACCCGCCCCGCCCCUGCUCAUUGGUUCACGCCCCCGAGCCCGCCCAUUGGCCCGCGGACCGCCCCGCCCCAGCUCAUUGGUCCGCACCUCCGAGCCCGCCCAUUGGCCCGCGGGCCGACCCCGCCCCAGCUCAUUGGCCCACGCCCCCGAGCCCGCCCAUUGGCCCGCGGACCCGCCCCGCCCCAGCUCAUUGGUCCACACCUCCGAGCCCGCCCAUUGGCCCGCGCCCCCGAGCCCUCUCAUUGGCCCGCGGACCGCCCCGCCCCAGCUCAUUGGUCCGCACCUCCGAGCCCGCCCAUUGGCCCAAGGGCCAACCCCGUCCCAGCUCAUUGGUCCGCAUCCCCGAGCCCGCUCAUUGGCCAGCGGGCCGACCCCGCCCCAGCUCAUUGGUCCACGCCCCCGAGCCCGCCCAUUGGCCCGCGGUCCCGCCCCGCCCCAACUCAUUGGUCCACACCCCCGAGCCCGCUCAUUGGCCAGCGGGGCCACCCCGCCCCAGCUCAUUGGUCCACGCCCCCGAGCCCGCCCAUUGGCCCGCGGAACGCCCCCCCAGCUCAUUGGUCCACGCCCCCGAGCCCUCCAAUUGGCCCGCGGACCGCCCCGCUCCAGCUCAUUGGUCCGCACGCCCGAGCCCGCCCAUUGGCCCAAGGGCCGACCCCGCCCCAGCUCAUUGGUCCGCGCCCCCGAGCCCUCCCAUUGGCCCGCGGACCGCCCCGCCCCAGCUCAUUGCCCGCCCAUUGGCCCGCGCCCCCGAGCCCUCCCAUUGGCCCGCGGACCGCCCCGACCCAGCUCAUUGGUCCCCGCCCCCGAGCCCGUCCAUUGGCCCGCGGGCCGGCCCCGCCCCAGCUCAUUGGCCCACGCCCCCAAGCCAGCCCAUUGGCCCGCGGACCCGCCCCGCCCCAGCUCAUUGGUCCACGCCCCCCGAGCCCGCCCAUUGGCCUGCGGACGGGCCCGCCCCAGCUCAUUGGUCCACGCCCCCGAGCCCUCCCAUUGGCCCGCGGUCCGCCCCGCCCCAGCUCAUUGGUCCGCACCUCCGAGCCCGCCCAUUGGCCCGCGGGCCGACCCCGCCCCAGCUCAUUGGUCCGCGCCCCCGAGCCCUCCCAUUGGCCCGCCGACCGCCCCACCCCAGCCCAUUGGUCCGCACCCCCGAGCCCGCUCAUUGGCCAGCGGUCCCACCCCGCCCCAGCUCAUUGGUCCGCACCCCGGAGCCCGCCCAUUGGCCCGCGGACCCUCCCCGCUCCAGCUCAUUGGUCCGCACCCCCGAGCCCGCUCAUUGGCCAGCGGGCCGACCCCGCCCCAGCUCAUUGGUCCACGCCCCCGAGCCCGCCCAUUGGCCCGCGGUCCCGCCCCGCCCCAACUCAUUGGUCCACACCCCCGAGCCCACCCAUUGGCCCGCGCACCCGAGCCCUCCCAUUGGCCCGCGAACCGCCCCGCCCCAGCUCAUUGGUCAGCACCCCCGAGCCCGCCCAUUGGCCGACGGCUCCAGCCCGCCCCAUCUGA